AUGAGGAACCCUGUGCUAGACCACACCGCACGACGAGUCGGGCCUCCAAAGUCGCUGGCCCUGCGACUUGUGACCGUGGGGCGGAAAGGUCGCGUUGGGGAUCCUCAGGACUGGCGCCCUUUCCCUCACUACACUGUCCGGACAACCAGAGGUGGCACCUUCCCGCAGCACGGCGCCCCUCAGAGCGACCGCUUCUGGGGAAGCCUCUCCGCGGGGGCCCGCUGUUCCUCCCGGGUUCGCGUCCCGUGUGCAGGCGGGGCUGGCACCCAGAGGGGGCGUGGCCGACGGACCUCAGCCACAGUCAAUCACAGCAGGGACCGGGGGCGUGACUUGAAAGCGGCUGGACCAAUCCGGACUCGGGAGACGAAGCUGAGUCUCUACCUGGGCCCAGGUGCGCUCCGCCCCGCAUCUCCUGGUAGCUCAGCGCGCGGGGCGGGGUGGGCCGGGAAGGGUGCGGGAGAAGGCCUAGCCCGGGCCGAGCUCACAUUGGAGCCCGUGGGAAGCCAGGGCCCGGAGCUGCAGCAGCCGCAGGUCCCCACGGAAGCAGAACAGCCCAAGAGUCCGGAAAGCAGCCCGAGUCUGCUGCAGCUGGAGAAGGAGGACGCCGGGCUGCUGCUGCGCGCCGGAGUGGACGGCCAGAAACUGCCGCGGGCGAUAGCGCUCAUAGGGCUGCCCAUGUACAUGAAGUCCCUGCGCUGGGCCCUGGUGGUCAUGGCUGUGCUCCUGGCAGUCUCUGCAGUCACCAUCGUGGCCUUGGCCUCUAGAACAGGAACCGGGUGCCAGCUGUGCCCCCCGGGCUGGCUGUGGUCAGGGGAAGACUGUUACUACCUCUCUGCUGAAGCUCAGCCCGGCAAGCACCAGAUCUGCUUCCUCUGUGCAUCUGACUAUGUGUGCUUCACAGGAGCAGGCCACACUUCCGGUCACUUUCCUGUCUUCGCCAUUGUGGACAAUGCGUUCCGAACGUGGGUGUACAAAUGGUCUUUGAGAGCCCAGUUUCACCUCUUCGGGCACCUGCUGGGUCACUUUCCUGUCUUCGCCAUUGUGGACAAUGCGUUCCGAACGUGGGUGUACAAAUGGUCUUUGAGAGCCCAGUUUCACCUCUUCGGGCACCUGCUGGGUCACGUGGACUUCCUGAGCAGACACCCGGUCACCACAUAUUCCUGGGUGGGGGCCCAGCGAGGUCCCCAGGGCUGGCAUUGGAUCGACGGGACCCCCCUGCUGCCCCAGCUGCUCCCGAAGGACCACCAGGACAACCCGGACCUCCACUGCGGGGGCCUGAAGGAAGGCAAGCUCGUGGCUUUGAACUGCAGCUCUCCAAGACCCUGGGUCUGUGUCACGGAGGCUGGGUGACAGGGACUCGGCCACACUAAGCCUGUGAAGGUCUUGCAGCAACCUCGCCUCUGGACACGGGCUGCCAGGCCUCCCUGCCCUGGCCUGAGCACACCAGGGUUCUGGAUCUGACCAGGAAGAUCAAGGAGAGGAGAGCCUGGGCCUCAGGUCUGAGCUCAUUUUACUCUCUGAUGCAGGCUUACUUGGCGACCUGGGGCUGCUUUUUAGCAUUCUGGUGCCUCAGUUUCCCCCUCCUUAAAGCGGUCAUUUCCCACUCUCUCCCUUCCUGUCCCAUCACACCCACUGCCCUCUCAGUCCUCAAGGAAGACAGAAUCAACCACACAGAUCCUUCCCGUCGGGGCUUUCAUUUGCUCCCCUGAUCUCGCGUGGUCUCGCCUCGUGUCGUGCAAUGGGAUUUGGCAGGGAUCACAUCACGGCCAGAAGUUGCAUGGCGACUCGGUCAACGUGCUCCCAGGCCGCUUCUGCAGCUGACCAGGCCCGGCACACGUCAGCUGGCACAAGACCGCUGACACCACCCGCCAACAGCUGCGGCGGAGAACAGCGAACGGGAAAGGGGCCCUCCUUCCCGGGGAGGAAAGGGGAGCAUUCUCCUUGCCCUGGGAGUUGGCAAAUGGCCCAGAGACAGGAAGAGUGCCAGGAUGUGAGCAUGCGGGGCUGAUGCCCAUGAGCGCCCCACAUGGCAGGCAGAGGUGCUGCAAAGCACCCGCCUGAGUGAGGAAGGCGACUCAGUGCUGGCUGCGAAGAUGACCUGAGACGCCUGUGCUGCGGUUCAGUGAAGGCCCUCAGAGGCAGCAGCAAGGGGGCAGCCCGGAAGAGCCCAGGAAUCUGGACCUGUGUCCUGCCUCAGUGCGUGGCUGUGACUCGGCCGUCCUUGCAAACCAGCCUUCUAGCAUUACCAUGCACCCAAGUGACUCAGAGACGCUGUCACUGGUGCAUUUGAGCCACAGCUUGAAUGGGUCAUCUGGGAGAAAGGGACAGAAAACCCUAGAUGGAAUUUCCCAUUACUCUUGGGAGGUAGCAACCAAAAGGGAUGGGAUGUCCUGGCCAGAUGUGAAGUGGGAGCUGGGCUGGGGUGGCCAAUCAGAUUACAAGGAGCCCUGCAGACUGUGGUACAGUCAAUAGCGUAUGGAACUGCAGUGCUAGGAGCUGCAUGGCCAACUGCAGGUUCAGAUCACCAACCAGGCCCACCUGAAACACCAGGCUGGCAUGCACAUGUGCCCAAGAUUCCGAUGAGUUGGAGGGCCGGGGUUAGAGGGUCGCUCUCUUAUCAGACCCUGCUGAGGGGGCCUCUCCCUCUGACGCACACACUAACAAAUAUAAAAAGCUUUGGGCCAGCAGGUGAUGUGGUGGUAAGGUGCUGGAGCCCACA